GUCAGAGUGCGCUCUCCAGACGCGGAAGUGAUUCGCAGCUGUCAAACAGAUUUCUGUAAACUCGAAUCAGCUCUCAACCGGAAAGAUUCAAAACACUCGACCUCGCCUCAACAUGGACUGUCCACGAUGGCUGCCUCUGGAGUCCAACCCAGAAGUCAUGACGAAGUUCGUUAACUGUCUGGGUAUGAAGCCAACUUGGCAAUUUGGAGAUGUGUAUGGAUUAGAUCCAGAGCUCCUCAGCAUGGUGCCAAGACCUGUGUGUGCAGUGCUGCUCCUCUUCCCAGUGACAGAGAAGUACGAGGCCUUCAAGCAAGAAGAGGAAGAGAAACUGAAGGAUCAGCGACAGGAGAUCUCUCCCGAUGUCUUCUUCAUUAAGCAGACCAUCGGAAAUGCCUGUGGAACAAUAGGGUUAAUUCAUGCAGUGGCAAACAACAAGCAACACCUGGAAUUUGAGUCUGAUUCUCCUCUUAAGAAGUUUCUUGAAAAAACCUCUACAAUGACCCCAAAGGAAAGGGCUGCAUUCCUGGAAAAAGACGAGAGUAUACGUGUUACCCACGAGUCGAGUGCACAAGAGGGACAGACUGAGGCUCCAAGCUUAGAUGAGAAAGUGAAUCUGCAUUUUAUAGCGUUGGUGAAUGUCGGAGGACAGUUAUAUGAACUGGAUGGCCGGAAGCCUUUCCCCAUAAUCCACAGUAAAACUUCAGAAGACACUUUCCUCGAGGACGCUGUAGAGGUUUGUAAGGUCUUCAUGGCUCGGGACCCGCAGGAGGUUCGUUUCACCAUCAUUGCCCUUUCCAAAGAUUCUUACUGAGGAAACUUCCCCAUGACCGGAGAAAACAAAGAAAACAUUACUGCCAAACAUUCUCAAGUGCUGACUUUAUUGGAAAAUGCAAUUUUUUUUUUUUUCAAAGUACUUCAGAAAGUGAUGUGGGGAAAAUGAUAAAAAUGUCAGGGAUAUCAUUCUAAAGUAAUAUUGUUGUCAAUAAUUAGCUGGGCGUUAAUCGUAACUGAAAGAGAAUUUGGUAAUUCUUGCCAAGAGGAAAAUCUUCACUGCUGAAACAUUUCUAACUGCAAUACAGACGACAGCUGCACUUAACUGACACUGCACUUAAGUGUGUUUACUUGGCAUGCUUGGCUCUCAAUGGAAAACACAAACUGUAACACUUCUUUUUUUUACUCUGGAUUCAAACAUACUAAAUGUAGUGAUUUGGUUGUGAUCAUAAAUCGAACCACGUGUUCAAAAACACCUGAAGAGAUAUAUUUUGCAAGGCUUUAGUUUCAGUCAUGGCUUAAAGCUGUUUUCUGUUUUUAAUGGUCUCAUGAAAAGGUAAAAAAACCCCAGAAAGAAUGUCCCUGACAUGUGUGGCUCACUCUAACAGACUGUACAUCUGAGUGUUGGGUGCCUACAUUUUUGUAAUAAGAAUUAGAAAGUCUGUCAAAUAAAAGGCACAUUUAUUAAACGUU